AAGGACAACUCAGGAGCAGCUGCAACAUUAUAUAAUGUUUUGCAAGCAGCAUCCUGAGUUGCAACGGGGGAACCUAACUCCGCCCAACCCUCAAGGGCUGCAAAUACUUUGGUCGGAGUUAGCAGAUAAUUUAAAUGCCUUAAGAGGUCCAACUCGGUCGGCAGCCAAGUGGAGGGAGUCGUUAAUGCAUUGGAAACAUCAGUUGCGAUCGCGAGCGCGCAAACUGAAGGCACAUGCGCAAGCGACUGGUGGAGGCUCUCCGAUAAAUGGAAUAACUGAGUUCGAGGAGCAAGCGAUUACAACUUUUGGGGCAGCAGCGGUGGAUGGAUUGCCGGGUGUUGCGACUUUGGGUCACCAGGUUUUGCCGCCAUUGUAUUUAAAUUCAGCUGCUCAAGCUCCAGCUUCCUCGCCAACACCAACAGUCACAUCGCCUGCUCCAGCUUUUCCUGCUCUGUCUAUAAAUUUUUCUUCCUCACCAUCACCUCAUUUUUCUUUCUCACCAUCACCUCCAGAUUUGUCCUCUUCUUCCUUAUCUCCUCCCAUCUUACCUUCUCCUAUGCCAUCACCUACUUUCAUCCCUUCUGAAGGUAAAUUGACUGCAGCGAAGAUACUGGGAGCAGUGCUUGAAAAUAAUAGAGGAGCGUAA